AUGUGUACAGAUAUUCUAAGCACUUUAUAUGUAAUAACUCAUUUAAUAUUCUCAGCAACCUUACAAGGUACAUACUGUUACUAUCAUUAUUUUAUAAUUGAGGAAGCUGGGGAACAGAAAGUUUCCCUUUGUGGUUUGAAUCACAAAGGGAAAUGUAAAGUGAAAUUUCAAACUCAGACAUUUGGCUUCAGAGUCUUUGGUUUCCAUUCCUAUCCUGUACUGAUAAGUGUGAAAGGGGAGGAAGACUGGAGGCCAAGGGGUUUGAGUAAUGGUUUGAAUCUUUAUCGAAAUGGUUAUAUUUAG